GGUUACCGUUUCUUGACCAGUUCAUCUCGCGAGAGCUCAUUGAAAACGUCAGUUGACCUUUGGCACAGUUUGGUCUCUGCAGCGCUGAGGAGCAGCUAGAACGGUCCAAGAUGAACAGAGCCUUCAAUAAAACAAGUCUGAAACAGUUGACCGGUCUCCUCCAGAGGUUUCAAAGCACCUUGGUGGUGGCAGAACACAACAAUGAAAAGCUGACCCCCAUUACGCUCAAUGCCAUUACUGCAGCCAGUAAGCUGGGUGGUGAGGUGUCUUGUCUGGUAGCUGGGACAAACUGUACAAAGAUUGUGGAAGAAAUCAGCAAAGUACAGGGUGUAAAGAAGGUUCUGGUGGCCCAACAUGAUUCUUACAAAGGUGCCAUGCCAGAGGAGUUGACUCCACUUAUCCUCGCAACGCAAAAGCAGUUCAGCUUCACUCACAUCUGUGCUGGUGCAUCUGCCUUUGGAAAGAACUUACUUCCCAGAGUGGCUGCCAAGUUGGAUGUAGCCCCAGUUUCAGAUAUUAUUGAGAUUAAGUCUCCAGACACUUUUGUCAGAACCAUUUAUGCAGGAAAUGCUCUCAGCACCGUGAAAUGUAAUGAGCCAAUCAAGAUCUUCACCGUCAGAGGGACAUCCUUUGAGGCAGCCCCAACAGAGGGUGGAGAUGCAGCAUCAGAAGAGGUGGCUCCUACUUCACCCACUGGAAUUUCUGAGUGGCUUGAACAGAGUCUAACAAAGAGCGACCGUCCAGAGCUGACAAGUGCUAAGGUCGUGGUGUCAGGAGGAAGAGGCUUGAAGAGUGGGGAGAACUUCAAGCUGCUUUAUGACCUUGCUGACAAAAUGAAUGCUGCAGUUGGCGCAUCCAGAGCUGCAGUGGAUGCUGGGUAUGUACCCAAUGACAUGCAGGUUGGACAGACUGGCAAGAUUGUUGCACCGGAGUUGUACAUUGCUAUCGGUAUCUCUGGAGCUAUUCAACACCUGGCUGGAAUGAAAGAUAGCAAGACUAUUGUUGCUAUCAACAAAGACCCAGAAGCUCCCAUUUUCCAGGUGGCUGACUAUGGCCUGGUGGCUGAUCUUUUCAAGGCUGUUCCUGAGAUGACUGAAGCACUGAGCAAGUGAGGAGGAACAAAGCCCCACCAAACUUCCACCGCAUAGCUACGAGAGUGACCACAGGAUCUCACAGCCACCGCCUUACCAGAUUUCUGAAGCUGUGAGUGUCUAUGUGCAGAAAUAAUUUCAUCACCACCAUCUCUCUUUGACUGGCAUCAGAAGACUUGAUCUGAAAAAUAAAUGUCAGUUUUUAUAUGAACUGUACAAGCAGUAAAUAUCAGUGAAUAAGCUUGUACUUACCUUUGGCUUGAGGUUACUUUAUGCCUCCAGUAGUACACCAUGUUGUGAUUUGUAUUUAAUUUUAGGGGACUGUAAAGGACAUCUUUUGGGAAUGCUUACCUUGUGUUUCAACUUCUGACUUUGAUGUAGUUACCUGUAAGGUGUAGGUGUUCAUGCUAACCUAGAGAAUGUACAAUUGUUGAGACGCUCUUGGAAAAUUAUGUAUUAAAUUGACAAUUAAUUACUA